CAUACCAUGCUCCCUUUAUUUAUUGUAUGUUGGAUAUUUAAAAUCCCGAAAGGUAGUUCAUUAAGUCUGCCACAUAUUUUGUUUCAUUGUCUUCCUCUUUUGUUUUUAUACAUAUUAAAAGAAAAGAAUUUGAAUGGGUUUUUGUGAAUUUGGAUGUACAAAAAGGAUUAAAAGUUUUGAAAAGAGUUUAAAAUUGCCUAAUGUCACAAUUUAAUCUUUCUAACUAUAUUCAUUUUCUUUUUUGUCCACUUCAAUAUUCCCUAUUUGCCCAAAAAGAAGUUACCAAUAAGAUUGUAAGAGCAGAAAAUUUGAUAGCGGGCACAAGUAAUUUUUAGAGUAAAAUGGAUUUAGUUUAAGAGUGAAGUUUUAGGUUCCUUCCUGAAAAUCUAUCUUCCUAGCCACGACUACCGAUAAUAGAUUCCUAAUAACAAGAAUCACCUUCUACUGCUACCCUUUCUUUUCUAAUUUCUACCUAAAACAGAUCCAUCCAACUGUUACUGAGCCCUGCAAUUUUUUUAUUUUUUUUUUAAAAAGUCCAUUUCUUUUUCACUUGAGAAACACACAAAAUUUAAUUACUCUUUUCUCUCUGUGUUCUUCUCCCUUUUAAUGUCUUCCAACAAGAAAAACCUGUUUAAAUCCCUGUUAACAGUGAAUGCUGGAUGCGGGUGUAGCAAGCCUAAGCUCUCCGAUGCUUAUGAACCCAAACCCAAAUCCAAAUCUUCUUCUGCACCCCGAAGUCCAAUAAACAAUGCCCUUCCAACCAUCGAAAACGAUGAUCUCACAUCCCCUUCUUUCUCUUUCAACAAUGAAGAUACGUUAUCAUCAUCACCCACUACUACUGAUCUCUACUCUGAAUCUGAACCUGAUCUUCCCACAGCUAAACUCAGUCGCCCUUGCCCUAAAAUCAUCGACAGCGUCGCCGUUGUGAAGGAUUCCGACGACCCGUACAAAGAUUUCCGGCAUUCCAUGCUCCAAAUGAUCGUGGAAAAACGAAUCUACUCGAAACAUGAUCUGGAGGAACUUCUUCAAUGCUUUUUGGAGCUGAAUUCACCAUGCCACCACGAUGUUAUUAUCAAGGCUUUCAUGGAGAUCAGGAAGCGGGUUCUUCCCGACGAGAUUGUUACAGCGCUGCAGGAUCAGGAACCAUCCUUUGUUCAUGGAGGAGAGAAACCUGGAUCCUAGCUUGACGCAGCUUUCGACACGCGUGUGUGAGAUGACAACACAUGUGAAUACAUUCAAUUCGCACGUGGGAAGCAGCUACUAGGCAUUUUGACGAAGUCAGGUUUAAUCCUAUCAAGCUCUUGCUCUCUAGACCUGCUUUAUCGGGAAGAACUGUAUAAUGACUUCUUUUGUCGGGUGAGUUUAAUAUUUAUAUUGCUUAGCUGAAAUCUAUCAAAUCUCAUCUGAAUGAAUUUCAUGAAGAUGUGAAGCUUGUAUUCUAAAAAGCUUUCUAAUGAUUAAGUUAGUAGGAUUAGAAGAGCUUAAGAGAAUAGUAAAGAAAUAGAGUGAUAGAAUGAAUCUUAGAAUGGGAAUAUACCUUUCUCUUUAUACCUAAAUUUGGGCUUCCUUCCCUGGGCUACUUGUGUCAUCCUUUUGCAUAAGAGUGGGUGGUCUUUUCCUUAUUGACUUUGGCAUCUUUGCUUGACCAUGUCAUGUUCAAGGACUCUUAUGUUUAUUAUCUUGCUUUCUUUUUUGUUUUUUAUGUAAAAUAAUCAGCAUUCUCAAUUGUUUUACAAUUUGAACUUAAUCUUAUUUUAAUUCUAGUGGUACUCAAAUAAAGUUUUCUCAAUAACAAUGCUUUUAAGAUUUCAAA